AAACCACAAAGUCCAUAAGAACUGAUUGGGCCCCUGGCUCGCAGAGGAGAUUGUUCCAUGGGCUUGUCCGAUCAAACCAAUCCAAUCUCCGAACCGCCGGAAAUGAUUUGUGCUAGAGACCAAAGAUAAGAGUGCAAACAAAUGUCUGUCCACUGCUUCAAUUCUAUUCCCUUCCUCUCUUCACAACCUUUUCCAUCGUCUUCACUCUCCAUCACCGCAACCCCAAUUUCUAGGUUGCACUUGAGGCCCAUCGGUCAGAACCCAACAUCUUUCGAUGGAUUUCAAUAUUUUGUGUCCCUUAAUGUUAGAAAAACUGGGGAAGUAAUUGUCAGAGCUUCAUCUGAGACCGAUGAAACUGGUCCCAAAGAUGGUGUUGAACCUCCUUCAGAUAACAAAGAAGAGUCUGUUCCAAUUGACAAACUUCCCUUAGAGUUGAAGUUGCAGGAGAGGAUGAAGCAGAAAAUGAAGAUGAAGAUGGCAAAGAAGAUAAGGCUCCGCAGAAAGCGGCUUGUUCGCAAGCGAAGGCUGAGGAAGAAGGGCCGAUGGCCUCCUUCAAAGAUGAAGAAAUUGAAAAAUGUCUAACCUUUGCCUCAAGUCAGCAGGUUAAGUGCUGAGCUUUGUCUCUCUUGUCCUUUUGAUUUGUUUAUUGUAAGUUGCAAGAAUGGAUAUACUGGCAUUGGUAACCAGAUGGAACAAUGAACUAGAUGUUAUUUGGUGCUUUUCUUUGUUUCCCUGA